CGCAACCUCUACGCACCGUGCCUGCUGCUGAAGGCACCAGACGAGCAUCGCCACCAAAUCGCAUUACUCGCUUCUAAUUAAGAAAUUGAAAAGUGUAACUGCCGUCAGGGCUGGAGAGGACGAUCAAACAAUAUCAGGGACCUCGAGCAACAACGCCACGCACACCGCACAAACAGAUUUGCCGGCAUCACAGCCCCACUUCCCUCCAAUCAUUAGCCAGCAGCAUCGGCUCAUUUCGCAGCCACCGCAUCUACGGUCCACCGCGCCCCACACACACACAGCAUGGGCAAGCAGAACAGUAAACUGAAGCCGGAGGUGCUGGAGGAUCUGAAGCAGAACACAGAAUUCUCAGACGCCGAAAUACAGGAAUGGUACAAAGGCUUCCUGAAAGACUGCCCCAGCGGUCAUCUGUCGGUGGAGGAGUUUAAGAAAAUUUAUGGUAAUUUCUUCCCCUACGGCGACGCCAGCAAG